CAAACGUUUAAUAUAACAACUUUAGCUUCUCGUGGCACUCUUAAACGCAAUAAGAGUGAAGAAGGAAACGAAAUUUGAUUAAACUGGCUAAUUUCGUCACGAAACAAUGAUCACUAUUGUAUUCCUGUCAUUUAUCCUUAUUCUAUUGAUAUGCAAUUAUUAUGUGCAUCACGGAAAGAAUGGGCGGUUUAUCAAUCGUAUACCAGGACCACCAGGGCUUCCGAUACUUGGAAAUUUGUUACAAAGUUUUGGUUCACGAGAGAAACUAUGGCAUCUCCUGAUUAGUUUAUCGACCCAGUACUAUCCCAUUUUCAAAUAUUGGCAAAUAUUUUUUCCCAUUGUAUCUAUCCGUCAUCCAGAUGAUUUAGAGACAAUAUUAAGCAGCCCAAAACAUAUCGAAAAAAGUAUUCUUUAUGAUGUUUAUCAUCCUUGGCUCAGCACUGGCCUUCUCACUAGUGGAGGCCGAACGUUUAUUGUACCUGUCGAAGAUCGAUCAGCAGCUACGUUGCUUAAUAUUAUACAGCAAUGGAUCACACCUGGUUCAAUAAUAAUGUCUGACUGUUAGAAUGCAUAUAAUUGUUUGCAAAAUGAAGAUUAUCAACACAUGAGCGUGAAUCAGAAAUACAAUUUUGUAGACCCUGACACAGGCGCACAUACACAACAUAUAAAACGCAUAUGGCGUGAAGUACGAGAUAACAUUCGACUAUAUGGUCGAAAGAAACAUCAUUUAAUUAGUUACUUUCCUGAAUUUUUGUUCAAACACAAAUAUUGCUUUUUGGAGCGCAUCGAUGCUUUUUUUCAGUUAUGGCUGAAUUGUAUCCACAAUCAAUAAAUGAAUAAAAUAGGCAUUUAAAUAAUUAAAUAGUCUAGAUAUUUACCUAAACUUCUUUUGUUAAUAACCUUUUAAUGAACAACUUCCACGAUUGAAACCUUCUGAAAGUCACUCAGAACAUUGACCUUGGCAACAUAUGUCAGGGUCAAGGUCAUCGGCGAGGUGUCCCCUAAUGUAAAUAAAUACCAUUUGUCGAUCAAUACAGGAUCGAUUAUGUCGAUAAGUCGAUAUAUCAAUGAUGUAACACGCUUUACAUUCGACAAUGUUGAUUCUUUUUACCGAUAUUUUGACACAUUAAUAUUAUUAGGUAAACUUAGUUUCCGCGGUGUUUUUUGUUUAACAGCUCAUUUAUUUCGAUAUCAAAAGCACAAAAACAUCAAUUAAAGUAUUUUCCCUCGCUAGCUAUACAUUUUUCCCAUCUUUUUGGCAAUGAGUAGAUUCCGCAACGAUAGAACGAUUGGUCUUUUGAUGCAAUCCAUUCAUCGAUCCAUUUUCGCACAUUCUUGUAAUUUUUGAAGCGAGUAUCUACCAAGCCGUGCUACAUCGAUCGGAACAAGUGAUAAUCUGAAGAAGCUAAGUCUGGUAAAUACGCUGGGUGUGAUAGAACUUCCCACUCGAGUUGCAUUAGUGUUUCCUUGAUGACUUUUGCAACGUGUGGUCGAGCGUUGUCGAGCAAAAGAAUAACUUCCUUUCCUUUUGAAUCUUUCCCAUUUCAUGUAGACGUUUGGAUUUUUGGAUUAAUGUAAAUAAAUACCAAAAGUUUGAAGACACCAAAAUGCAAGCAUUAUUGGAUGAAAACUCAGCUUAAACGCUCCAAGAAUUGUCUGCAGCGUUAAAUGUUAUUGCGAUGGCUGUUUCCAAGUGUCUACAUGCAAUGGAAAAGAUUUAAAAGGAAAGGAAGUUAUUCUUUUGCAUGACAACGCUCGAACACAUGUUGCAAAAGCCGUCAAGGAUACACACUUCAAAAAUUACGAGGAUGUGCGAAAUUAAAUCGAUGAAUGGAUUGCAUCAAAAGACCAAUCGUUCUAUCGUUGCGGAAUCUACUCAUUGCCAGAAAGAUGGGAAAAAUGUUUAGCUAGCGAGGGCAAAUACUUUGAUUGAUAUAUGUUUUGCUUUUGAUAUCGAAAUAAAUAAGUUUGUUCAACAAAAAACACCGCAGAAACUAAGUUUAUCACCUAAUAGUAUUAAUGUGUGAAAAUAUCGGUAAAAAGAAUCAACAUUGUCGAAUGUAAAGCGUGUUACAUAAUUGAUAUAUCGACUUAUCGACAUAAUCGAUCCUGUAUUGAUAGACAAAUUCCUUUAAAAUAAUUCAUCUUUUUUUUCUACAUUCUUUAGAUAUUUAACAUUUUUAAUUAAAUUUAUAUUGAGGUGUAUUUUCGAGAAGUACAUACCCCAGACUUUUUCAAAACUCAGUAUUUCUACGUAUUUUGACGCGCUGAUUACGAAUAUCAUAGUGCAAAUUGGCGACUACUUGAUUUUCAUGUUGAAAACCAUGAAAACACUCAUAAAAAUAAUUGUUUUGCUUCCUCAUAGA